UCAGUCCUCCUCCACAUGGCUCAGGCUUUACCUUUUUACUCCCUCCUCAACCCCAAACACAACAUGAUGUCCUAUACUGGUAUGGGCUCAGCUUCGCAGGUCAUUUUGCGCACUGUAGUUUUGAUUUAGCUGAAAUUACUCUGGUGUCUUGAACUUGAUUAUCAAACGGAAACAGGAGGGACAAUCGCUUGAUUUCAGACUUCAGUCGAAGUUUUUCUCAGAAGGCAUAACACCCGUUUAAGUGAUUCCUGAAGUAGAAGAAGACCCCUGGAAAAGAGCAGUCUCGACUGAGAUCAAAGAAAGCAAUCGACAUUUGUGACUAGACAAGAGUAGCAGACAUGCUCGGCGGUGAAGGGGAGAGCAGCACCUUCACUUCUACGAAGGAAGCAGCGGAGGACAGGCGCAAAUCUCCGGCUGUGGAUGGGGACGAUCCGACUGCUGGCAGCAGGUACACGGAGCACGGGAUGGGGACUGACCGGUCCUACUACAUCCAUCCAACGGGUUCUAAACAAAGCCCAGAAACACCGAAUUCCUGCUCUUUUAUCCCCUAUACGCCCAGUGGUACGGUUUACGCCGCGUCCAGCGCUGGCAGGUACCCCUCAUCUCUCCACCUGGGCUCCGUGUUGCCUCCUGCGGGGUUUCCCCCCACCGCUGCCGGACGCAGUCACUUCAGCCCGGCUUACCAGCUCGGGCAGAGCCCCGGCUGCAUCUACCCGCCCUACAGCAGCUCGGGGUCGGCGCUCAGCAACAUAACCAUCGCCGGCCCGGGGAUGAGGGCCCAGGUGUACCUCUGCAACCGGCCGCUGUGGCUCAAGUUCCACCGGCACCAGACCGAGAUGAUAAUCACCAAGCAGGGCAGACGGAUGUUCCCGUUCCUCAGUUUUAACAUAGCUGGCCUCAACCUGACAGCGCAUUACAACGUGUUCGUGGAGGUGGUGCUGGCGGAUCCGAACCACUGGAGGUUUCAAGGUGGCAAGUGGGUCACAUGUGGCAAGGCGGACAACAGUGGCCAAGGUACUGAAACAGGGAACAAAGUCUACAUCCACCCAGAGUCUCCAAACACGGGGGCCCACUGGAUGAGACAAGAGAUCUCCUUCAGCAAACUGAAACUCACGAACAACAAAGGGAUCAAUCACAAUACUUCACAGAUGAUUGUCAUGCAGUCGCUGCAUAAGUACCAGCCCAGGCUGCACAUCGUGGAGGUGACGGAGGAUGGGGUGGAGGACAUUAGCACUGACAUUAAGACGCAGAGCUUCACCUUUCCAGAGAACCAGUUUAUAGCUGUGACUGCCUACCAGAACACCGAUAUUACACAGCUGAAAAUUGAUCACAACCCCUUUGCCAAAGGAUUCAGAGAUAAUUAUGACUCAUCUCCUGUUUCGUGUCAACUAAUUUUUAAAGAGGUUUUCACACCACGAUUCUUUUCACCCAGACACUGCCAUCCCUUGACCUCAAGUUCAUACGUACAUGUAUUUUCCAGGAUGUACACAGCCCAAGAAAAUGACCGCCUAACACCAUCUCCGACCGACUCUCCCCGUGCCCACCAGAUUGUCCCCGGGGCCCGCUACACCAUGCAGCCCCUCUUCCAGGACCAAUUCGUUAACAACCUUCCCCAGAAUCGCUUCUAUAACAGCGAGAGAGCAGUGCCACAGACCAACAGCCUUCUCUCGCCUCAGACAGAAGACGGAACUUCGCAGAGGUGGUUUGUCACCUCCAUGCAGCAAGGGGGAAACGGCACUAGCACCAGCAACAAACUCGAUCUGACACCCUAUGAGGGAGAAUACUCAAGCUCCCUGCUUCCCUAUGGCAUCAAAUCCCUGUCCAUGCAAACGUCCCACGCUCUCAGCUACUAUCCAGACUCUCCUUUCACCACCAUGUCUGCAGGGUGGGGGUCCAGAGCGGCAUACCAGAGAAAGGUCUCUCCCAGCCUGCCUUGGUCUCCCAGGCCCAGUCCCACCACUGGUUUCCCAGAAGACUCAAACAAAGUUAAACCACAGAUUGAAGAGGAGGUGAACGGCAGUGGGAGCCUGAUCUCCUCCUGGACGGACACACAGUCAUCAGCUCUGUCCUUAGACAAGGCUGAUUCUUAUUCCACGGCCUGCAAACGAAGGCGUUUGUCACUCAAUGGUCCCAGCACAGAGGACUCGCCCUCUGACAUCAAGUGUGAGGACUUGGCCUCUGUUGCCAUCAACGGUAGCUCCUAUAGCAAAGAAGCCCCCUCAGCCAAAGGCAUGGCAGCUUACUUUUCCUUUUACACAAACCCUUGAAUGGUUUGCCAUCUCUCAUUUAGUUUGCUCUUCAUUUGCCACCAUGAAUCAGAACUAACAUUGUACUUAUAUUUUUGAUUAUGUGCACAACCAGAAUUUUUCUUGCUGGUGAUAAAUGUAGUGAUCAUAUGUUUUUCCCCUUUUGUGGUGACAAAGGAAAUAUCAAGGACACAAAUAAUAAAACAAUGAUGACAUCAAAAGUCAAGGGGCAUGUGGAAGAAUAAGCAUCAGUAUCCUGAGUCACUAUAUAUUUUUUUCACCACCUAUGUAACUCUGUAUUUGAAGUUUUGAAAGUGCAAACGCAUUUGUUAAGUUACCCCAUUAAAACAAACAGUGUUCUCUGUGUGUUCUUGUGCAUACAUGACUGUAUCUGCCUUUACAGUGAGGUUAUGUUUACAGAUUAUUUAUUGAAGGCCUGUUGAUAUGAAAUGUGUGCACUCAUAUGUGUGAUGAUGAUAUGCUGUAUAUACCUUCAUUGCAAUGUUCAGAUAUUUGAUAAUAAAAGGCGUAUGUGUUGUA